AAGACAAUAUUUACUUUUUACCACGCAUAAACGUGAUACAGAUUUUUCAACUACCAAUUUUGUCGGGAGGAUUCUUCAGAAAAUAUAUAUUAUCAGUCUCUACCUCCUACCAUCGUGUCGCCUUCCUUCCGGUAUACCUUCUUCUCACUCCGAUCCUUCUCUCUCUCUCUCUCUCUCUCUACGUUUCUCCGACGACGACGCGGUUUUUCUUUUCUGCUUGAAAUAGCCACCGUGAGGAACAAGAUUUUGAGAGAUAAAGGAGCUUCUCCCCCUCCCUGUACUAGGCUUUUCUGUGUUCUCGCCUAAUUACCCAUAGCUGCUGCUUUAAGCAUUUCAAUCGACACGCCUUCAGAUCUUAAUAACAUGAGGGUGCUUGAGUGAUAUAAGAUACAUUUUCUCAACUUGGUCUUCCAAAAUAUGGCUUCUAUUGGUAUGGCUCCACCGACAGUUGAAAAAGUUGAUGGUGAUUCAAUGUGUGUUGACAAACUGCCCGAGGAAAUCAACGAAAUGAAAAUCAGAGAUGAAAAGGUGGAAAAGGAAAUGGAGGCGACUGUGGUGGAUGGAAAUGGCACUGAAACUGGUCAUAUUAUUGUUACUACUAUUGGAGGUAGAAAUGGUCAACCCAAACAGACAAUAAGCUAUAUGGCAGAGCGUGUUGUUGGCCAGGGUUCUUUUGGAAUAGUUUUUCAGGCCAAGUGCUUAGAAACUGGAGAAGCUGUUGCAAUUAAAAAAGUAUUGCAGGAUAAACGAUACAAGAAUCGUGAAUUGCAAACGAUGCGACUUCUCGAUCAUCCCAAUGUUAUUUCACUUAAACACUGCUUCUUUUCAACUACAGACAAAGAUGAGCUUUAUCUCAAUUUGGUUUUAGAAUAUGUGCCAGAGACAGCUUAUCGUGUAGCAAGACACUACAGCAAGGCAAAUCAAAGGAUGCCUAUGAUUUAUGUCAAACUAUACACGUAUCAGAUUUUCAGAGCACUGGCAUAUAUUCAUGCAAUUGGUGUCUGCCACCGAGACAUUAAGCCUCAAAAUCUUCUGGUCAAUCCUCAUACUCACCAGCUAAAACUCUGUGACUUUGGAAGUGCAAAAGUUCUGGUCAAAGGUGAACCAAAUAUAUCCUACAUAUGUUCUCGAUAUUACCGUGCGCCUGAACUCAUCUUUGGGGCAACCGAAUACACAACUGCAAUUGAUGUAUGGUCAGUCGGUUGUGUCCUUGCUGAACUGCUUCUGGGACAGCCUCUGUUCCCAGGUGAGAGCGGAGUUGACCAACUUGUAGAAAUCAUUAAGGUCCUUGGUACUCCAACUCGUGAAGAAAUCAAGUGUAUGAAUCCAAACUACACAGAGUUUAAGUUCCCACAAAUCAAAGCUCACCCAUGGCACAAAAUUUUUCACAAGCGGACACCCCCGGAAGCUGUAGAUCUUGUUUCAAGACUGCUGCAAUACUCCCCAAACUUGAGGUGCAAUGCUUUGGAGGCAUGCAUUCACCCAUUCUUUGAUGAACUUCGUGAUCCAAACACUCGUCUACCAAAUGGCCGUCCAUUGCCACCCCUCUUCAAUUUCAAGCCUCAAGAGCUAAAAGGUGCGUCUUUGGAACUUGUGGCUAAACUAAUACCAGAACAUGCUAGGAAGCAGUGUCCCUUCCUUGGCUUUUGAGUUGUGUAACAUGUUUGUAGCCACGGUGCCUAUUUAUUAUGAUGUAGCCUUGUUUGGUAAUGUUAUCCUUUGAUAUUUGAUGACUUGGUAUUUAUGUUGAGAUUUAUUUGGUAGGAGAAUUACGUUUGUAUUUAUGUUACAUGUUUGUUGCCAAACCCGUUAUCAAUUUCUGGUAUUACUAUAAAUUUUAAACUCAAUUUUUAAUCGUGAAA